AUGGAAGCAGAGAGAUAUAAAGCUGCUAAUCAGAGGGCAGUGCAAUUGCUGGAGAAGUGUGGAACAACUCAAGUUGAAGUAGAUGCCAGUGGAUUACUAACUUAUCCUAUUGAGAAAGGUGAUGCAGGAGAUCAACCUGAUAAGAAGCUUAAACCGUUGAGUGUUGAUGAAGAACGGUUCAUGAGAGCAUUUUAUGAGGCAAAUGUCCAAGAAAUGUGCAGUGCCUUUGAAUUUCCUCACAAGAUUCUGGCAACAGCCCUCCAAUACUUUAAAAGGUUAACCUGCGUGUAUGCAGCAUGUAAAAUAGAGGAGAACCAUGUAUCUGCUGAGGAAAUAGGGAAAGGGAUUAAACAAGAUCACCACGUAAUUCUCAAGUAUGAGAUGGCUGUUCUUCAGAGUCUGGAAUUUGAUCUGAUUGUCUAUGCACCGUAUCGUGCAAUCGAAGGCUUUAUUGGUAACAUGGAGGAGUUUCUUCAAGCUAGAGAUGAUGAAAUCCAGAAGCUGGAGAGUUUGCUCAAAGCGGCAACAGGAGAGGCCGAUAAAGUUAUGCUCACAGAUGCUCCCUUAGCCUUUUUUGUUAUUAGGUUGAAGAUAAUCUACUUAAACGCAUUAAAGAAUCUGUUUGCGUUGGCUGCUCUGCGUAUUGCAAAUGGGGUUCUCGGAGUGGUUGACUUUGAUAGGUACCUGGAGAGCAUUGUUUCUCAGCCGAACUCUGAGCACACGACUUCAGAGCUCACUAGAUUACUUGAUGACAUAGAAUCUUUGGUAAAGAGCUACAGAUAUCCAAGUGAAAAGGACAUGAAGCAUAUUAAUCGGAAGCUUAAAUCUUGUUUAGGACAUAGUUCUUCACAUGACGAGAGCAAGAAACGGGAGAAGAGAUCGAAGCACAAGUCACAUAGGAGCCCCAAUGAUGCACCAAAGGGAGCGCGCCGAUAG